CAUGGUAAUGCAACAAGUAUUUGAUACGUAUACAUGAUAAUCCAGUAUGGAUAUUCACACAGAACUAGUAAUUUCUCCUCACUUUGAUGCUCGACAGGGUAUCGAUAAGACUGUAGCUCAUCGAUUGGUAUACACUGACGGCUCAUGUCUAAACAAUGGACGCCCUGAUGCUACUGGUGGUAUAGGUAUAUGGUUUGGCACUGAAUCUGCAUACAAUGGCGGUAUGGUGUAUCCGUUCCCGUCACCUACCAAUAAUGCUUGUGAGUUGUUUGCAGUUUGUAUGGCACUUGCUGUGGUACAGGAACAAUCGCAACUCGGCACCAUGGAACUGUUCGAGAAGCUCUACGUAUUCACAGGUAGCCAGUAUGUGUUGAUGGGUGCACGAAGAAGUGACAGAAUGCAUGCGUAUAACACUAAGUUGUGGGACAUGUUCCAUAUAUUGAUGGACUCAUUUCAGGACUGGGGAUGUCUGGUAACGAUAGCAAAAGUAGCAGCACAUCAGGGUAUUAGAGGGAAUGAUGAAGCUGAUAGAAUUGCCAGGACGUAUAGUGAGUAUACUUGCUAAGAUGAUGCAUGUUCAGAAGGCUCUUGUUAGGAAAUGGUAGUUUGUGAAUGAGCAUAUAAAAACUUAUAUGUGUCACUUAGACACUAGAGGCCAACGGCCAGUAUGGUAUGUUGGAAUAUCCAGACGGAUACUCUUAAGCGGUAACCUGUGGCAAAGCUAACUCUUGUAACAUCCACUUUAAACCCAAAAUUAAACCCCUUCAUUACCAAAAAUCCAUGUGCUCCGUACCCUGCAACUCUCAUCUCUAGGAUUCAAGUUCUCAAUAAUCGGGUAGACGAUCUCAUUAUUAAAUUUACUAAUUACAGGAAUCAAUCCUAUUGGUUGUAACCUUCGUUUACAGCCUCCCAUCAUUUAACGGGUUAGUUGUUCGUAUCACAAGACACAAACAAUCAACUACUAUGAAAGCUAGAAUGCUUACUCUUAUCAAUAAAUAACUCUUCAAACU